GAUAUUGUCAUAAGGAUUUUCAUAGAAAUAUAUUGCUAAAUGAACAUCAAUCUUCUUAUGUUUCAGAUUUUGGAUUAACAGAACUAGCAGAUAAGCAAAAAUCAAAUGACAAAUAUAUGGAUUUUGGUAUAAUUAUGGCUGAAUUAUCAACUGGAAAUCCUCCAUUUUAUGAUAGAAAACAUGAUGUGUCUUUAGCCUUAGAUAUUUGUAAUGGACUUCGUCCUGAAUUUGGAAAAGGAACUCCUGAAUUUUAUAAGGAAUUGGCUUAUAGAUGUAUGAGAUUUUGA